CUGAUCUUUGACCAGAUGGCAGUAACAUUUGAAGAUGUGACUAUUAUUUUUACAUGGGAGGAAUGGAAAUUCCUGGAUUCUUCUCAGAAAAGACUCUACAGGGAGGUCAUGUGGGAAAACUACACAAAUGUCAUGUCAGUAGGAAAUCUGAACAAGAGCUACAAACCCCAAGAGGAAAGAUUCAGAUAUUUAGAAUACGAAAAUUUUUUCUGCUGUCAAGACUUGUGGAUUGCUAGCACUCAGAUAAACAAGAAUCAGAACUAUGAGGAAACUGUUCAAGGAAUAGACUCCAGAGACCUAAAACAGCAAGACCUUGCCCAGUGUCAAGAAUGGUUGAUACUCUCCACACAAGUACCAUGUUAUGGGAACUAUGAACUGACUUUCAAAGGCAAAAAUACCAGGAACUUAAAAUAUAGAAAGUUUAUACCUUGGCAAUCCUUAGAAACAAAAACGACUGAAGACUAUAUCAGUGAUUCACAUGAUUUUCAAGGAGGCAGAUACCAUCUUGGCAUAUCUAGGAAAAACUUCUCCAGAAAAAAAGAACAGAAGGUCAUAGUUCAGCAUUCUUUUAUCCCAAUGGAUGAAGAAGCCCUUCCAGAGUACAUUGGGGAGAUAUGUCAAAAUGAUCUACUGAGAGACUCUAUGGAAGAUAAAUACCGUGGAAGUAAUAAAUGUCAAGAAAUGUAUUAUUGGAACUCACAGUGUAUUCACCACAAGAGAAAUCACCUUGAAGAAAACCUCUAUCAAUGUUCCAUCAGCACAGCAUGCUUGUCUCAGAGAUCAAACUUGUCUCGAUAUCCAGAAAUCCACAUGGGUAAGAAGCUGUAUGAAUGUGAUGAAGUUAACAGCUUUCAUCAGAGCUCAGAAGUUCACUUUCGUCAGAGAGUCCACACAGGGGAGGUAGCUUAUAUCUGUAGUAUGUGUGGUAAGAGCUUCAGUCAGAUAUCUAGUCUUCACAGUCAUCAAAGGGCCCACACAGAAGAGAAACUCUAUAAAUUUGAGUGUGAUAAGGACCUCAGUAGAAAUUCUUUACUUCACGUUCACCAGAGACUUCACAUAGGAGAGAAACCUUUUAAGUGUAAUCAGUGUGGUAAGAGUUUCAGUCGGAGUUCUGUCCUUCAUGUUCAUCAGAGAGUCCACACGGGAGAGAAACCAUAUAAGUGUGACGAGUGUGGUAAGGGCUUCAGUCAGAGCUCAAAUCUUCGAAUUCAUCAGUUAGUACACACAGGAGAGAAGUCUUAUAAAUGCGAUGACUGUGGUAAGAGUUUUACCCAGCGCUCAAAUCUUCACAUUCAUCAGAGAGUGCAUACAGGAGAGAAGCCUUACAAAUGUGAUAACUGUGGAAAGGACUUUAGUCACAGCUCAGAUCUUCGCAUUCAUCAGCGGGUCCAUACAGGGGAGAAACCCUAUACUUGUCUUCAGUGUGGGAAGGGCUUCAGCAAGAGUUCAAAACUUCACACUCAUCAAAGAGUACAUACUGGAGAGAAACCUUAUAAAUGCGAAGAGUGUGGCAAGGGAUUCAGUCAGCGUUCACAUCUUCUCAUUCAUCAGAGAGUUCAUACUGGAGAAAAACCCUAUCAAUGUAAUGACUGCGGAAAGGGCUUUAGUCACAGCUCAAAUCUUCACAUUCAUCAGAGGGUCCAUACAGGGGAGAAGCCUUAUCAAUGUACUAAGUGUGGUAAAGGUUUUAGUCAUAGCUCAGCUCUUCGCAUUCAUCAAAGAGUCCAUACUGGAGAGAAACCUUAUAAAUGCCAUGAAUAUUAUAAAGAAUUUGAUCAAAAUUUACAUCUUCACAAUAAUAAUAGAAGAGAAAAUUCAUAAAUUUUGUUCAUUUGAUUAACAGUUUUAAUAAACCAUAAUGUCUAAAUCCAAUAAAUAUUGCUGACAAGAAAAAUCUAUAGAUAACACAAGUAAUCAAAAUCAACAGUUAUAGUUUCCCCUAACUCUCACUAAGAAUUAUUUGCUUCACAUGGAGAUCCUUGUGGGGAUUCCUAUAUUUUAAUGUUAAAGUGUAUUUUCUUUACCUACUAUAAAUAUAAUACAUAGUCAUUGUACAAUGUAUUAAAAUUUAAAAAGAAAACUCUUUAUCCU